AUGGAGACGCCGCUGUCCACCAGGAGGAUCACCCGCUCGCUCGCCGCCGCCGCCACGGCAUCCGCCCAGAAGAGCGCCGCCGCCGCCGACCCCUCCUGCAGAUCCAAGAAGCCCGCCGCCGGUGACGCGCCCCCGCGCGCCGCGCUGCACGACAUCACCAACGACUCCCCGAUCGUCGGCCUCGCCGCGGGCGGCCUCGGCACGCCGCAGGCCUCCACCGCGGGCGCCAAGAACCGCGCCAGGCCCCGCUGCACGCCCGGGUCGGGCGAGGCGCUGCUGCGCGGCCAGGUCAAGACGCUCCUGCAGAAGGUCGACGAGGAGGGCGCCGCCGCCAUCCAGCCGCUCCGCAUCCACGCGCUGCUCGGCGUCGCCAGGUCGCCCGCCCAGCUCCUCGCGCCCACGCCCGCCAACACGCCGCAGCUCUGGGCCGGCCCCGCCGCCUCCCUGCUGCUGCCCGAUGGCCUCGCCGUCAUGCCUUGCGUCCUCGAGGAGGAGGAGCUCAUCCCUAAGCUGCAGGUCAUCGCUGAUCCACCGGCGAACCGUGCACUGGUGUUCGACGACUCCCCCGAGAAAUCGGACCUGACCACUGAUGGAUCGGUCGCCUCAUCAUCCCUCACAUUCCAUGGAAGCAGCAGUCACGACAGAUCAUCGGAGGACGACGGCUCAUCGGUGUGGUCCAUGCAGGUGAACGUCAGCUCCGAGAAGGACGAAGAGGAGCUGGGUCUUGACACCGUGGGAGAGCUGGAAGAAGAGUACUAUACCGAGGAGGAGCUGGAACAACAGUACUAUACCGAGGAGGAGGACUGGGAAGAAGAAGAUGAUGACGAGUGCUUUGAUGAGCUGUGCGAGGGGAUGAGCAAGAUGUCCGUGCUUGACGAGCACGAGGAGAAGAAGAAGAAGGUCGGGCUGCCGCCGUUCGAGGGGAGGCACACCCGGUUCGUCUACAACAGCGACGACGAAAUCGUGGAAAGGAAGGAUGUGGAGAACGCGGCGGCGGAGCAUGGCGCGCUGCUGAGGGGCCUGCCGGUGCGGGAGGGGAAGCAUCUCCGAUUCCACGACGACGAUGAUGACGAGGAGUAAGCAGGGCAUGCAUGAAUGCAUUGAUGGAUACAUUAGUGGUUGUCGCUCCCUGACAACUGGUUAAUCAACAAAUUCUUUUGGUUUGCACAGGCUAUCUUCUGUGCUUGGCGUUUAGUAUGUUCCAGUUCUUCUGAGGACAUGGUGCUACAUUCAUUUUCUUAUCGAUUCAGGGCAACGUAUCUUGAGUUGCUGAAUAAUUCAGAGCUCUCUCAAUGUUGAUUCUUGUCAAUUCAGCUAAUGCAACGUAUCUUGAG